GUCUGUCCCUUUAUCGCGGUUCACGUGGGACUGUGGGCCGGGACUGUCUCGCGUGCUGACAGCUGAUGCCAACAUGCUAACCUGUCACACUCACUUCAACAGCACCGCGAUCUCUUUUAUUUGAGCAUAAAAACAAGCGGAGUCACUGCCGACGCGUUAGCACAAACGCCAACUUUCCUUUGACAAGCGUCACUUGUUUUGUGAGGGAGCCCGCAAUCUAGAGAGGACGACGCGAGCGUAUUCGGUUAGCUGGUACUUUGUAUAGUUCACUGGCACCUCCACCGAGUCGUGACAAUGACAGAAGAACUUGAGCAGAUCCUCCUGCGAAUGACACAGCCCGACAGUGCUGUGAUCCAGCAGGCCACAAUCCAGCUGAAGCAGGUUUUCAAAGACCCUGCCAUCAUCCCUGCCCUUUGUGCUGUCAUGCGUGGCUCCCAAAACCCGCAGAUCCGGCAGUCAGCUGCAGUGAUGCUGCGGCAGAGAGUGAAGAAACAAUGGAGGAAGAUAAGUGAUGCUGACAGAGAAUGCCUCAAAGUGGUGGUGUUGCAGGCGUUCAUGCAGGAAACAGAACACCAAGUGCAGCACUCGCUCUCCCAGUUGUGCGCCAUGGUGGUCAAGCAUGAGACCCCCGACAGCUGGCCUGCCCUGCUGCAGCUCCUGAAUCAUUCCACCAAGAGCAUCAACCCACAUGAUAGACAGGUCGGACUGCUGCUUCUGAACAAGGUGAUUGAGUCCAACCCGGAGCUUUUCCAGCCUCACUACUGCCAGCUUCUGCAGCUUUUUAGCACGGUGCUACAGGACCACAACAACCCAACGGCCUUGUACUACUGCAUCCUCAGCCUCACAGCCAUGACGGCGUACACUGGCACCCAACACAUGAACCAGAUGCGCUCGAUCAUCCCGAGUCUGAUUGUUGCUCUGAAACACCUCAUCAAAGCCGAUCAGAGUCAAGCCACGGAGGCAAUGGAGGUGUUCAAUGAGCUAAUGGAGAGUGAGGUUGCCAUCGUUUUGCCUCACAUUGCAGACAUGGUUCGCUGCUUCUUGGAGGUGGGCACCGAUACCUCGCUAACUGACUCGCUGCGUGUCAAAGCUCUCUCCUGCAUUGCCUUUCUCAUCAAGCUGAAGAGCAAGGUGGUGCUGAAGCAGAAGCUGCUGCUCCCCAUUCUGCAGGCCAUCUUCCCUGUUUUGACCGCAGCGCCUCCGCCCGGCGAGCACAACCCGGAGAACGACGACGACGACGACGACAAUGGCGAUGACACCGACGACGACAAUCCUCAACAUUGUGCUGCUCAGAUAAUUGACACCAUGGCCCUCCAUAUGCCUCCGGAGAAACUCUUCCAUCAACUGAUGCCACUGACUCAGGCCUGCCUGGCCAGCGAUGACCCCUACGAGCGGAAGGGGGGCCUCAUGUGUCUUGCUGUGCUGGCUGAAGGAUGUGCAGAUCAUAUAUGCACCAAGAUGCUGUCAUCAGUGCUGCAGACGGUCUGCCGAAGCCUUUCGGAUGGUAAUCAGGUGGUGCGCAGCGCUGCCCUCUUUGCGCUUGGGCAGUUCUCUGAACAUUUACAGCCUGAAGUAAGUAAACAUUGUGAGGAAUUGAUGCCUUUGCUGCUCGGCUACCUUUCAUCCUUAAACCAGGCCAAAGUUGGCCACGUCACGAAGGCUUUCUAUGCACUGGAGAACUUCAUGGAGAACUUGGGAGCAGAUAUCGAGCCCUACCUUCCCACCCUGAUGGAUACCAUGUUGUCCGCCCUCAACGGCACGGACAGCCUCAAAAUCAAAGCGCUCAUCGUGUCUGCCAUCGGCGCCAUCGCCAAUGCUGCCAAGGAGUUGCUGGUUCCUUACUUCCCCCAAGUCAUCGAAAGCCUGAAGGGCUUCCUGACCACCACCACCACAGAGGAAAUGAGGUCUCUGCAAACUCAGUCUUUAGACACACUCUCUGUGUUGGCUCGUACCAUCGGCAAAGAGGUCUUCAGUCCUCUUGCUGCAGAGUGCGUUGAACUGGGCCUCAAACUGACCGACUCCAUCGAUGACCCUGACCUAAGACGCUGCACGUACAGUCUGUACUCAUCCGUGGCCACAGUCAGCCCGGACUGCCUGACUCCUCACCUCACUCCCAUAACGACGGUCAUGCUACUCGCUCUCAAGUCCAACGAAGGCAUCACGGCACACCUCGAGGAGGACAAGACUUUUGUCUUGCUGGACGACGACGACGAUGACGACGACAAGGACGAGGCAAAGGAUUCGGACGAAUUUCUGGAUGAGGAGCCUGAGAUGGAUUUCCAUGAUGCUACGGGGUUCAGUGUGGAGAACGCCUUCAUUGAUGAGAAGGAGGAUGCCUGUGACGCACUGGGAGAGAUUGCCUACAACAUCGGUGCUGUUUUCCAGCCCUUCUUGGACUCCAGCUUCCAGCAGGUUUUCAAGAUGAGAGAUUAUCCCCAUGAGGAUGUUCGCAGGGCAGCGUUCGGGGCCAUGGGUCAGUUCUGUCGGGCACAGCACAGGGUUUGGAAUGAGAAUCCCACUGACUUCAAUCACCAAGCCUUGCUGAAGAUGCUGGAUGUGGUGCUUCCCAGCUUCCUGGAGACGGUGCGCACCGAGCCGGAGCGUCAAGUUGUGAUGGGCAUCCUCGAAACUAUGAACGGUGUCAUCAAGACGUGCAAGGAGGAGGUUUUCAAGAACCCUACUCGCCUCAAGGAAAUCAGCAGUGUAAUCCGUGACGUUUUGAAGAAGAAGACCGAAUGUCAGGACAGUGAUGAAGCCGACGACGACGACCAACAGGCGGAGUACGAUGCCAUGCUCCAAGAGUUUGCGGGUGAAGGCAUCCCCCUCCUGGCGGCCUCCGUGCCUGCAAACAACUUCGCUCCUCUCCUCAAUGACCUGCUGCCUCUCAUCAUGAACAAAACUAAAUCAUCAUGCACCGAGGCUGAAAAGUCCUUUUCUCUGGGGACCAUUGGGGAAAUUCUGGAGGCUCUGAUCAGCACGCCCGGCGGUCGGGAACUGGCGGGCCAACUGUCCCAUCGCGUCCUCCCGGUCUUCGUCGCCGGAGUGAAAGACGGCGACGCGGAGGUUCGCAACAACAGCGUGUUUGGACUGGGAUGCCUCGCUCAGGCUGCUGGGCCCCUUGUAGCCUCAGAUUAUCCCACCAUGCUGUCUGUCUUUUCCAACCUACUGACUAAAGAGGCGGACCUAAGAGUGAUUGACAACUUGUGCGCAGCUCUCUGCAGGAUGAUCUUAGGACACGUGGAAGCCGUCCCGUUGGAGCAGGUUGUCCCAGCUCUGCUUGCUCGUCUUCCACUCAAAGAGGACAUGGAGGAGAACAAGACUGUGUUCAGCUGCCUGGCCAUGCUCUACUCGCACAGUCCUGCUCUGAUUGUGAAGCUCAUGAAGCCAAUAGUCGAAUUGUCCUGUCACAUGCUCGGCGACAAGAAAGUGGAUAAAGAAACGCAGAAAAUUCUGGCCACACUGUUGAAGCAAUUCGCUCAGCAGCACCUGCCGGACUUCCAGGCGGCUGUGACCUCACUUCCCGGAGAACAACAGGCCAAGCUCGGCGCCGUCAUCGUGACCUCGUGAUGGCGAGCUGCAUACAGUCAGCCGUAGCAGUUCAUUUGUACAUGCUAAAAAUAAAUAAAUCAUCAUAAUACGGCACUCAUUGGCCCACAGCUAACAGCAUUCAGUCUUGUAAUUUAUUAGUUGGAUGAUAAGAAUUACCCUCUUGAAAUUUUCAUUCCUUAGUCGGACGCAAACGUGUUUGGCUUAUUAAGCGGAAUGCCAGAGCUCAUAAAAGUUGACAAACGAGUAAGGCGCGCUAAGGCUGAGUCAGUGGUCCAGCUCUCCCGUUGCUAUUUAUGGAGCGUCUCCUGUGCCGAGAUAAUCAAGUCGCAGACAAUAUAUUUGAUAAGGAAAGCACAUUCCUUUGCAAUGACUGGCAGAAACUUCAUGCAGAAAUCCUGUAGUCCAGUCGUACAAGCUUUGGGACAGGAGCUUGGUUAGCCUUUUUCUUCUCUAUGAAUUAUAGAGGCAUAUUGACUUCCAUCAGGUAGCACGAUUGCUGUCGGCCGAUGUGCGCCACGUGGACUCUGACCUGCGAGCAAAGAUGAGCAAGCGAUCGGUGCGGUUUGCCGGUUUGCCUUGUAUUCUGUCACCUGCGAGGAACGCAAAUAAAGCCACAUUUUCGCAACAUU